AGUUUGCUUCAAGCACCUGGCGAACGGCAAUGUUUCCCUCGAUUCUUUCUGCAUUCGACAGAAAGAGUCGAAAACGAAGCGUAGGAACGACAGGAAUUCUAGAAUAUUUUAGAGAAACGUCUCCAGACGCUCUUGACGAAGAGGUUUUGAAAGAUUUCGAGAGGUACUUGAAAACAAAGCUUGAUCUUGGUUCCUCGUUACCUUUGCUCAAAGCAUUCGCAAGACGAGUCAGGAAAGCCAAACCAAAGUUAGAUACCAAAGAUCCCACGGACGAUAACUUUUUACAGAGAGCGAAACGAAAAAGGCAGCAGUUUGAAGAUGAGUACCAGUACACCGUGGAUCGUCAAAAUGAGGCUUUGUUGGAACGCCUGUUGGAGAUCAGGAGAACAAGGGGCAAACUCGAUAAUUGGAAUCCAAAUUAUCAACCAAAGUUCGACAAAAACAAGGCGUACAGAAGAAGAAUGCGAGAUAAGAUUGACGUCGAAAACAAGCAAAUGUUAAGAAGAUUGCAUAACAGUAAAUCACAGUAUAACCGAAGUGAUUGGGAUAAAAGCUUUGCGAGGCAUCAAAGGUAUCAAGCGAUUCUACAAAAGAGGCGAAAACCUUGGCAGGUCAGAUCAUACCGAGAGUUAGGCGGUGCCUUCAUUUUGAAUUCACCAAGAAAGAAGCGAAAAAUCGCUAAAAAGGAAAUAGUGGAAAGCAGUGAUUAUGAAACCUCGACUGAGGAUGACACCGAAGAUGAUGAUGAUGGUCAAACUGAGAAAAACUCCGAUGAUGAAAGGAAAAGUUGCUUACUACCAGAGAUCACGUCUGCAAAGAGCAGAGCGCGAAGCCGCGGAACAAUGUCCGCAAAAUCGAAAGAUGAAGAACCGCUGAAAUUGCCGCCCUUGAACGGAGACGAACCGAUGAACGAAGAACAGACGAAAGAGGAACCCAAAGUUGAAGAAUUAGACGAUUAUCAAAAGCUCGUGAAAGCAAUUGAAGAUGGCGACAAAUCUACUGUGCUUGACAUCAUUGCUCAGACUUCAUGGGAGAAGAAAGGACUGGACGAACUUCACGAAAGAUACGACAAUGAUCCAGAAAAUGAAAAGGAUUUAGUCGACGUUGUAAAGUCAACGUUCGAAGGAGAAAACAAAGAUGCACUUUUGGCUCUUCUUCUUCCGAAACCACAGUAUGAAGCCAUGUGUUUGCAUAACGCUUUGAAGGGAAUGGGCACAGACGAAGAUACUUUGGUGGAAAUUCUUGGAAGCCGAAGUAACGCGGAAAUUGCCGAGAUAAAGCAAGCUUAUGAAAAAGAGUAUAAUUCCACGUUAGAAGAUGAUAUCAAGGCUUCGACGUCCGACGGAUUUCAGAAAUUUCUCUUGCAUUUAAGCGAGGGUGCUCGCGAUGAAAAUCCAAAUAUAAAUAAGAAAGCGAUGUCUGCCGAUACAAAAGAUCUGCUGAAGUCCGCAAGAACACGAAAAUGGGCGACCGAUGAAGAUGCAUUCGCCGAGAUAUUUAGUCAAAGAAGUCUUCCACAACUUAAAGCUUUACUACCAGAAUACAAAAAGUCGGCAAAAGUGGAGUUAGAGGAAACCAUUGAAAAGCAGACCACGGGAGAGCUUCAGAAUGGUUCCAAAACAAUGCUGAAAAUUGUUCGCAACCAUCCGAAGUAUUUGGCUGAGAAGCUCCACGAGGCUCUGCACGAUGGUGAUGAAGUAAAUUACGAGACACUCUCAAGGCUUCUAAACACUUCCGACAAGAAUGAACUGAAAGCUGCCAAAGCCGCCUACGAGAAAGCAUACGGAACGCGUCUCGAAGAUGAUAUUAAAGCAAAAUGCAACGAAGAUAUGCAGAAGUUGUUUGCGCCUGUUUUACAAGACGACGGCGCUCCAGCAGUUGAAGAAGAGAAGAAAAAGGGGAAGAAGAAGAAAGGUGCUAAGAAAGGAAAGGAAGAACAAAAAGUAGAGCAGAAAAAGGAAGAAGAAAAUCCUGAAGAACAGAAAAAAGAAAAAGAAAAAGAAAAUGCGGAGGACGUUCAUCUGGCCAAAUAUCGCGGAACUGUUGUACCAGCUGCAAAUUUCGAUGCAAUGAAAGAUGUAGAAUUUGUUAGAGGCGCCCUUGUAUACAAAGACAGAGAUGGUGUGAUAAAAAGAUUGACAUCCAGAAGCAAUCAACAACGCCAAGUUAUUGCGAAGAAAUUCAACAUACGUUACAAACAGGAUUUGGUGCAGUUGUUGAAGUCGGAAUUUGGUGUAACUUUGACUGAUGCAAUUGAUGCGCUUAUGGCGCCGCCGAGUGUGCAAGAUGCACGAACGUUACAUGAAGCAAUGGGGGGACUUGGAACAAAAGAGAAGGAUUUAAUUGAUAUCAUCUGUUUCCGAAGAAAUAAGGACAUCACGGCCUUCAAAGAGUCUUAUGAGCAAGAAUUUCAGCGAAAUUUAGAAGACGAUGUACGAAACGAAACGAGUGGGGAUUUCGGCGAUUUCCUAAUCAUGCUAUUACAGGCAAAAAGAAGUGAAAGCAACGAAGUCAAUGAAAGUGAUGUGAAAAAAGACGCAAAAGCUCUUCUUGAGGCAAGUGAAGAUCAGUUGGGAACAGAUGAAGAAGCGAUUGCCGAAAUCUUGACUUCUCGAAGCAGACCUCAUUUGAAUGCAGUUUUUGCAGAAUUCAAACAAAUUGCAGAUCGUGAUUUCACGGAAUCCAUGAUGUCCGAAUUAUCUGGUGAUCUCCUCAAAGCUGUUCUCGCUGUCGUGUCCAACAUGUCCGGAGCAAUCGACUAUUACGCUGAAAAAACCACUCAAAUUCUGUCAGAUGAUAAAGCUUUAACGAAUUUCAUUGCUUCUCGUUCGGAGAUUGAUAUGGCUGACAUAAAGGAAGCGUAUUCAUCGCAAAAUGGUCGUGAUCUUGGAGAAGAUAUACAGAAGAAGCAUAAAGGAAAUCGAAGAAAAAUUCUCCUUGGUUUGUUAAAAGAAGAAGAUCCAACAGCGACGGGCCCAAAAAACUCCAGGAAGAAAAAGGGAAAAUCACAAAAGGAGUCUGAAUAUCAUCCUACUGUCACGGCGGCAAAACACUUCAGUUCUGGUCGAGAUGCUGAGCUCAUUAAAGCUUCUUUAGGAGUUGAUACGGACGCCAUAAUAAUGGUGAUUGCUGCUCGCAGUAAUAAACAACGACAGGAAAUCGUUCAAAAAUAUCAAAUGAUGUACGAAAAGGACCUGAUAAAGCAACUUACAUCUAUAUUUGGUUCUGGUUCGGAAGCUAUUCUUAAACCAUUGUUUACUUCACCUGACAUUUUUGAAGCUACGCAGUUGAAGGAGUCGAUGGAGGGAGCCGGCACAGACGAAGAUGUUCUCAUUUCGGCGAUUUGUCUAAAGAACAACGAGGGUAUAGCAAAACUGAAGGAAUCUUUCCAAAAAGUUGUUGGCAAAAGUCUGGUUGACGUGGUAGAGAGUGAAACCAGUGGAGAUUUUCGAACAUUGCUGUUGCGACUCUUACAGGGCAAAAGAGAUGAAAAAGAUACCGUUGAUCAAAAGAUUGCUGAACAAGACGCUAAAGCACUUCAUCAGGCUGGUGUUGAAAAGAAAUUUGGAACAGAUGAGUCCACCUUUAUAGAAAUAUUUUCAAGCAGAAGUAAAGCUAGUCUGAAAGCAACUUUUGAGGAAUAUAAAAAGAUCGCGGAAUGUGAUAUUUCAGAGUCUCUAAGCAGUGAACUGAGUGGAAAUUUUGAAAAAGCGAUGGUGUUAAUAGCUAAUUCGUGUCAACAUAACUCGCCAUUGGUGUACGCGAAGCAGUUACAGCGUGUGAAGGACAUCUCCAGGGAAUUUGCUUUUUACUUGUCCAACAGAGCAGAGGUCGACAUGGUGGAGAUAAAGACUACGUAUUCUGAAGAAUUCAAAGAAACUUUGAUGGAUGAAAUCAUGAUUCGUUAUGAAAAUGAUCAGAAGAAUCUCCUCAUGGCUUUAAUAAAAGAAUGGAAGCAAGGAAGAAAGGAUAUAACUCAACCUCCAGGCCAGGGAGAAGCAACGAAAUAUCAUCCAACUGUCCCUCCAGCGAUCAACUUCAACGCUUCAAACGAUGCAGAGUCCAUUCAAAAAACGCAAAGCUCUGCGUUUGAUAUGGACGAAGUUAUUAUGCUUCUGGUCAGACGAACUGUUCAGCAACGUAAUGAAAUUGCUUCAGAGUACAAAACUAAAUACGAAAAGGAUCUUGUUAAAGAGCUUGAGGGUGAGCUUGCUGUCGAACCAUCACUGAUCCAAGCUUUGUUUGAGAAUCCUGCUGAUAUUGUUGUCAAGAAUUUACAGAAGGCGACAAAGGGUGUGGGAACUGAUGAAAAGACACUCCUUGGGGUGAUAUGCAGUAAAACCAACAAGGAAAUCGAAGAGAUAAAGAAGUCCUACUUCGCAGCCGUUGAAGAAGAGCUCAGUGACGUAGUUGCCAAGGAAACGAGCGGAAAGUUUCAGGAACUGCUCCUUGAAAUCUUAAAGGCUGAAAGAAAUGAAAGCCCCGAGGUAGUAGUGGAUGAUGUAAAUGAAGAUGCUAAAGCUUUGUACAAGGCAGGUGACAAAAAAUGGGGAACAGACGAAGGGGUUUUUGUCGAUAUAUUUUCCCGUCGGAGUCAUCCGCAUCUAAAAGCAGUGUUCAAAGAAUUCAAAAAGCUCUCCAAACGUGACAUUACCGAGUCCCUGCGCGCUGAGUUGAGUGGAGACAUUCUUGAUGCGUUGCUUCUGAUAGCAUCUGUCUCUGAGCAAGGCGAGCUGACUCCCAUCUGUUCUGAGUUAAAAGGAAAGUUAUCCGAAAAGAACGACUUCAUGCACCUUGUUAUUGCUCAUUCGGAGGUCGAUAUGGUUGAAGUAAAAGAGGAAUAUAAGAAACAACAUCAAAGUUCUCUUGCGGAUGAUAUAAAGAAGACCUAUGAAGGAAAUCUUGAGAAAAUUUUGCUGGGUUUGAUUAAAGAAUGGAAGCCAUUUGCUAAGACUCUAGGAGCGAAGGCCGCAGCCAAGGACGGCAAAGAUGACAAAGAAUAUCAUCCGACCGUAACGCCUGCUGGGAAUUUUAACGCCGGUAAAGAUGCUGAUACAUUAUUUAAUGCAAACGGUAAAGACACGAAUGUGACAAUAAUGCUGCUGGCCGCGAGAAUCAAAGAUCAGAGAAAGGAGAUUAGGAAAGAAUAUGAAAAGAAGUACAAUGUGGAUUUGCUUGAAGAUAUAAGCGGACAUUUGAAUAUAAAGCGACCAAAUUUGAUACCAUUAUUCGAGACCGACCAUCAUUCCUUAGCACAGAGCUUACACAGCGCUAUGAAGGGAUUUGGUACGGAUGAAAAAGCAUUAAUCGACAUACUUUGCGUUCAAGAUAACAAGAAUAUCAAAGAACUCAGCGAAUUGUAUGAAAAAGAAUAUGGAAAAGCAUUGGCUGAUGCAAUAUCUAGCGAAACUGGAGGAGAGUUGAAGAAUUUCUUGCUGGAAAUACUGCAGGCUGACAGACGAGAAAACCAGCCAGCGAGCGAGAAGCAAGCCGUGUCUGACGCUACAGCAUUGUACGAGGCUGGUGAGAAAAAAUGGGGGACUGACGAGUCGAAGUUUAUCAAAAUCUUGACGUCAAGGAGCAGAACUCAUUUGAGACAGGUUCUGGUUGAAUAUAAAAAGAUUGCUAACAAGGACCUCGUUGAUUCCCUGAAGGACGAGUUGACUGGCGACCUUGAAUAUGCUUUAAUAACCCUUGUUUCCUCCAUAAAAACAGAAGGAAUUCCACACUCUUGCAACUACUUGAAGCAGUCACUCGGAAACUCCACAGCUUUUACUACUUCACUUUCUCACAGAGCUGAGAUCGAUACGGUGGAGAUAAAGGAGGAAUACAAUAAGAUGUUUUCGACUCCUCUGGCCAGUGACAUCAGUCAGAACUUUACUGGGAAUUUUUCGAGUCUACUUUUAGCUCUAAUAAAAGAAUGGAAUCCACAGCCAAGCGAGAAAACAAAGAAGAAAGGCGAGGUUGAUGGCAACGCAGCUACACAGUAUCAUCCAACAGUAACACCAGCCAAACCAUUUAAUCCUGUGAAAGAUUCUGACGUGAUUAGAAAAGCCAUUGGUAAAGACAAGCAGGUGCUGAUUGAAAUCCUCAGCUCCAGAACCAUCGAACAAAGGCAGGCGAUAUCCACAAAGUACAAAGAGAGAUUCAACAAGGCAAAUUUGUCGAAGCUGCUCUGUAAAGAAUUUGGAAGUGAUUUUGAAGACAUCUUACCCGGAAUGUUCGCUAAUAAUGAUUUAAAACUUCUAAACGAAGCUGUAAAGGAAACAAAUGAGAAAGCGCUCUAUCGAAUCAUCUGUCAAAAGAGCGAAAAGGAUUUGCAAAAGAUGAAGUCGCAGUACAAAAAAGCAUAUGGACAUGCUCUAUCAGAAAAGAUUUCUGAGAAAUUUAAAGGAGACUUGAAAUCCUUUAUCAUCGAGAUACUUAAGUGUGAAAGAAGUGAAAACGAAUCCGUGGAUCAAAAGAUUGCACAACAAGAUGCUCAAGGACUCCAUCAGGCUGGAGAGAAGAAAGAUAGUGCCAAAAUUAUUCAUAUAUUCACAAACAGAAGCAUUUCUCAACUGAAAGCCAUGCUGGAAGAGUACAAAAAGUUAUCUGAAAAAGAUGAUAUUCCAGAUGAUUUGUUGGAUUCAACAAAUGCUUCAAAAGCGCUGACCUUGCACGCAUCAUUCCUAAAGGAUCCCCUUCAGAAUAGUGCAAUAGAGAUCAAGCAAUCCAUGCUAGAAGAUCCAGUAUACUGCAAGAAACUUAUAGCCACACAUGCAGAGAUUGACAUGGUGGAAAUAAAAGAUGUUUAUCAAAAUUUCAAUGGGGAGACAAUGGAAGAAGAUAUAAUAAAACACUACAAUGAUGACUUGCAAACUAUGUUACUGGCAUUAGUUAAAGAGCCAAUCGCAAAUCCAAACAACCUAAAGAAAUACCAUCCUACAGUUUCACCUGUUGCAAAAUUCAAUUCGAAUGCUGAUAGUGAUGCUCUGAAGAAUGCGAAAGAUGCCGAACAUGACAUUGAUGGGAUUAUAUCACUGUUGUGUUCGAGAACGAAAGAACAGAGGAACAAAAUUAAAGAAGAAUUCUUGGCCAAUCACAAAACAGAUUUGAUACAACAUCUUGUGACAACAUUGAAAGUGAAAGAGCGAUACUUGAAAACCCUUUUCUUUGAGACAUCGUCAAGCAAAGCAAAAAUGUUGUAUGAAGCCAUGAAGGGUUUUGGAACUGAUGAAAAAGUUCUCAGCAACGUGCUCUGCGCCCAAGACAAUGAGGGUCUUAAAUCGAUAGCAAGUUCAUAUAAUCAAGAAUAUGGUAAAGAACUCUCGGACGCAAUCAGUAGUGAAACUGGCGGAGACUUUGAAAAAUUACUUUUAAGAAUCCUUAAGGCUGACCGGGCCGAAAAUCAACCAAGAAAUACAAGCAAAGUUCAAGCUGAUGCAAAAGAGUUGCAAGAAGCUGGUGUGGAAAAAACAGGGACAGAUGAGAUGAAAUUCAUUGAAAUUUUGGUAUCAAGAAGUAGAAGCCAUUUGCAGAAAGUCUUCGAAGAGUAUAAGAAGAACACGAACCAAGAAAUUGAGCAGUCAAUAAAAAGUGAAAUGUCUGGUGACUUGGAAGACGCCUUGCUUGCUCUUGUUGCGUCGGCGCGCUUGGAUCCUGAGAUUCGCUGGAGUAAGCAUUUGAAUGGAUGUCUUGGAAGACCUCAGGAGAUGUUCGAAUGCGUUGUCGAACGAUCAGAGAUUGAUAUGGUAGAAAUAAAGGAGGAAUAUAACACACAGUUCAAUGUUACGCUGGCUGAUGACAUCAAGAAGAAUUAUACUGGAAAUACAUCCAAAAUAUUACUGGCUUUAAUCAAAGAAUUCAGCUUUUCUCCAAAGCCUCCAGCAACAAAGGCGUCAAAUCGUGCUCCCCGAGGACGAGCUGGUAAAGCAACAAAACCGGCUCCCUCACCACAACCGAAGGCAGAGGAAGUUCCGUCUUCCUCGUUAUAUCAUGGCACUGUCGUUCCUGUUGAGAAAUUCGUCGUUGCAAACGAUGUAAAAUCACUGCACACAUCCAUUGGUAAGAAUAAGAAAGCUGUCAUACAGAUGUUGGGUUUGAGAAGCACUGCACAGCGGCAAAACAUUAUGACGAGUUAUAAAGAGACACACAAAAAGGACUUGGUACAAACGCUGAAGGAAAUGUUUGUUAUCAAGAAUGACCAGUUUCUUCCAUCUCUGUUCGUGCUCUCGACGAUGAACGACGUAAAAGCUCUGCAAGAUGCAAUGAAGGGUUUAGGAACGAAGGAAAGCGUUCUCAUUGAUGUCUUGUGUCAAAGAAGUGAACAGGAAAUUUUGGAGUUGAAAACACAGUUCCAGAAAGCGUACAAGAAAGCGUUGGACAAGACGAUCGACAGCGAGGCAGAUGAUGAUUUUGGCAAACUACUUCUUGAAAUUCUCAAGUGUGAUCGUGAUGACAGUACCAUUGUUGAUGCAAAACUUGUCCUUGCGGAUGCCAAAGGACUUCACGAGGCUGGUGAAAAGAAGCAAGGCACGGAUGAGGCGAAAUUCAUCGAGACGUUGACCUCACGAAGUGAUGUUCACUUGAUUGAAAUGUACAAAGAAUAUGAAAAGAUUGCUGGAAAACCCUUAGAUCAAACUCUCAAGGAUGAGUUUAGCGGUGAUAUUGGAAUGGCGCUGUCGACCAUGGUUUCCUACCAAAAAGGCCACAUCGCCCAUUUUGCCAGCAAGUUGAACACAACGGUUGAGAGUAAUAUUGAUUCGUUUUCAAGAUUGGUUGUUGCUCGUUGUGAGAUUGAUAUGGUUGAAAUCAAGGAAGUGUAUUCUAAUGCAUAUCAACGCAGUUUAGCAGAUGAUAUCAACACACAUUUAACUGAAGAAGACCUUCGGAACAUCCUUUUGUCCCUUAUUAAAGAAUGGAACCCAGAUGAAGAGCCUAAGCCUCAACUUACUUUGCUGCCGGAAAUUGUGUAUCAUCCAACUGUUGUGAUGGCACCAGAUUUUGUCGCAGAAAAGGAUGCGGACACUGUGAAAGAAGAACUAGCUAAGAGUAAAAAUGCUGUCGUGGACUUACUGACGACCAGAACCAAGAAACAAAGGCAAGAAAUUUGCGACGUUUACAGGAAGAAGGAAAAUGAGGAAUUAACCGAUGCUCUGAUACGGGAAUUUGGUGAUGACACGAAGGUUAUGUUAACUGUCUUGAUUCAAACUGGCAAAUCUGAUGCUGAGAUGAUUCACGGAGCCAUGGAGGGCUUUGGAACAAAGGAAGAUAUCCUGAUAAAUGUCUUGUGCAGACGCAAUGUGCAGGAGAUUGAGAAAGCAAAAACAGACUACAAAAGUACUUAUGAGAAAGAUAUGGAAGAAGCGAUUGGGAAAGAAACAAGCGGAGAUUUGAAUAAAUUGUUGAUUCGAAUAAUCAAAUGUGAAAGAGUGGAGUCAGAUUCUGUUGAUAUGAGGGAAGUUCAGAAUGAUGCCGAGGAGCUCCACAAGGCCGGUGAAGAAAAAGUUGGAACAGACGAAUCUCGAUUUAAUGAGAUAUUUUCGACCAGAAGUUUCGGGCAUUUAAGGCUCAUGUUUGAACAAUAUCAAAAGAUUUCAGGAAAGGCUAUUGAAGAUUCAUUAAAGAAGGAAUUCUCUGGCGACGUUGAAACAGCAUUCUCGGCUUUAGUGUCUCAUGCAAAAGAUCCCUUGUCUCAUCAUGUGACAAACCUUGGCGAGACCAUAAAGGAAGAUCCACCUGCAUUCUGCAGGCUGGUUGUCGAAAGAUCGGAGGUGGAUAUGGUGGAGGUAAAAGAUCUUUAUCAAAAGAGCUAUCUAAAAUCUCUGGCCGAUCAUAUCAGGGAACACUACACUGAUGAUGUCAAGAAUAUUCUCCUGGCGCUUAUCAAAGAGUGGACACCGGAGGAAAGGGAAGAGGAGAAAACAAUUCCCCUACCACCUGCUGUUGUAUAUCACCCCACUGUCGUGGCAGUGCAAGAAUUUGUCGUAGAAAACGAUGUAAACGUUGUUAAAAGUCAUUUCGGCACUGACAAAGACGCCAUCAUUGGUCUUCUGACGACACGAAGCAAGGAACAAAGACAUGGUAUAAGUGAAGAAUUUCAGAAAAAAGAAAGUAAAGUUUUUUCGGAACAACUCGUAGUUGAAUUAGGAGAAAAGUCGGAGGAUAUUUUGAAAAUUAUGGUACAACCGCCCAAGUCCGACGCCGAUAGACUUCAUGAAGCUAUGGAGGGCUUUGGUACGAAAGAAGAGGUUCUUAUUGACAUAUUAUGUCGCCGAACAAAAGAUGAAAUAGCCGUUAUCAAGACAAGCUAUAAGAAGAAACACGAAAAGGAAUUACAGGACGUGAUUGAGAAAGAAACAAGUGGAGAUUUGCAAAAGCUAUUUGUUGAGCUUAUCAAGUGCGAAAGAGAAGAGAAGGAUGUCAUUUAUCCUAAAGACGUGAGACAGGACGCUUCUGACUUACAACAGGCUGGUGAGAAGACGGUUGGAACCGAUGAAUCACAAUUUAUCAAUGUUUUCACGAGCAGAAGUUUGCCUCAUUUGAAGAUGACGUUCGAACAUUAUGAGACAAUUGCAAGCAAGACUAUCGAAGAGAGUAUUAAGAAGGAAUUUACAGGCGAAAUGGAGACUGCUUUAUUGACUAUGGUGUCUUACAUCAACGAUCCUCUGACAAGUCACGUAGCAAAACUAAACAAGACUAUCAAAGAUUAUCCCAAUACAUUUAGUCAGAUUAUCGUUGAUCGUUCUGAGGUUGACAUGGUUGAGAUCAAAGAGUCGUAUGAAAAAACCUACAAGAAGACAUUGGCAGAUGAUAUUAAGGAACACUUUAAAGAAGAAGAUGUUAGGAACAUUUUGUUAGGCCUUAUCAAAGAAUGGGUUCCUGAGAAACAGCCAACCAUUCCAGCCGAUCCUCCUGUUGUAUAUCAUGCAACAGUUGUGGCGCCUGAAAAGUUUGUCGAGGAAGAUGAUGUCAACGAAUUGAAAAAGCAUUUAGGAAGCAGCAAGAACGCUUUAAUAACGCUUUUGAUGAACCGGACUCGGGAACAAAGAAAGAAAAUCAGCGACGCUUAUCAGAGUAAAGAAAAUGACAAACUUCAAGAAAAACUCAACCAGGAGUUUGACAAAGAGUCCGAAGAAUUGGUGUCAGUUCUGUUUCAGUCAAGCCAAACAGAUGUCGAGAAAUUGCAUGGUGCUAUGGAGGGCUUUGGGACCAAAGAAGACGUACUUAUCAACAUUUUAUGUCGACGCAAUCAAAAGGAAAUAAAAGAGAUCAAAGAGCAAUUUAAAAAGCAGUAUGAAAAAAACCUGGAUACGAUGAUAGAAAAGGAAACUGGGGGUGAUUUGGAAAAGUUGUUAACUGAAAUACUCAAGUGUGAACGAGACGAAAAGGAUGUAAUUUACCCCAAUCAAGUGCAGAGAGAUGCCGUUGAUCUGUAUGAAGCCGGCGAAAAGAAGACGGGCACGGAUGAAUCAAAGUUUGUUUACAUUUUCAGCAAGAGAAGUUUCCCUCAUUUGAAAAUGAUGUUUGAAGAAUACCAAAAGACUUCAGGAAAGACGAUCGAGGAAUCUUUGAAGAGCGAAUUCACAGGAGACACGGAGACUGCGUUCAUGACCAUAGUGUCUUACGUGAAAAAUCCUCUGACCUCGCAUGUGAGUGGACUGAAAGCGACGAUUGAAGAUGACAGAAAAAUGUUCCGCCAACUUAUAGUCGAACGUUCUGAGGUCGACAUGGUUGAAAUCAAAGAUCUUUACAAAACAACAUAUGAAGUAACUUUAGCUGAUGACAUAAAGAAACAUUACACGGGAGACACACAGAACAUUUUGUUGGCUCUGAUUAAAGAAUGGAAUCCAGAAGUCGAGGACCCAGUGCUCCCUGCGCCGCCGCCAAUCAAGUACAAUGCGACAGUGAUUGCCGCGCAAAACUUCAAAGCAGAUGAUGAUGUUGAUACCAUAAAGAAAUCUCUUGGGAGCAGCAAGAACUCUUUAAUAACUCUUCUGAGCAGCCGAACUCUGGAACAACGAAAAGCAAUCAGCGAGGUUUAUCAGACGAAAGAAAAUGACAAACUUCACGAAAAACUCAACAAUGAAUUUGACAAGGAUUCAGAAGAACUCGUGUCGGUGCUGUUGCAGCCAAGUGAAACAGAUGUCGAGAAAUUGCAUGGCGCCAUGGAGGGUUUUGGUACCAAGGAAGAUGUGCUUAUCGACAUUUUAUGUCGACGUUCUCAACAGGAAAUAACAUUGAUCAAAGAACAAUAUAAAAAGCAGUAUGAAAAAGACUUGGAUACGAUGAUUGAGAAGGAGACUGGGGGCGAUUUAGAAAAGUUGUUCAUUGAAAUACUCAAGUGCGAACGAGACGAAAAAGAUACCAUUCACCCCAGACAAGUGGAAAGAGAUGCAGUUGAUUUGUUUGAAGCCGGGGAAAAGAAAUUGGGAACGGACGAAACAAAGUUUGUUCAUAUUUUCAGCAAGAGAAGUUUCCCUCAUUUGAAAAUGAUGUUUGAAGAAUACCACAAAACGUCAGGAAAGACGAUCGAGAAAACUUUGAAGAGCGAAUUCACAGGAGAUACGGAGACUGCAUUCAUGGCCAUAGUGUCUUACGUGAAAAAUCCGCUGACCUCGCACGUGGGAAGACUGAAGGCGACGAUCGAAGAUGACAAGAAAAUGUUCCGUCAACUUAUAGUCGAACGUUCUGAGAUUGACAUGGUUGAAAUCAAGGAUCUUUACAAAACAACAUAUGAAGUAACUUUAGCUGAUGACAUCAAGAAACAUUACACGGGAGAUACACAGAACAUUUUGUUGGCUCUGAUUAAAGAAUGGGAUCCUAAAGCAGAGGAACCAGUGCUUCGCGCGCCAACACCAAUCAAGUACAACGCAACAGUGAUUGCCGUACAGAACUUCAAAGUGGAUGACGAUGUUGACACCAUUAAAACAUCUCUUGGCAACGAUAAGAACGCUAUCAUCACAAUCCUGACAACCAGGAGUAGAGAUCAGCGGGAAGAGAUUUGUGCAAAGUACGAGCAAAAACACAACGAGGAUCUAUGUCCACGUCUUACUGCGGAGUUAGGAGAGGAUGUUAAGGAUGCACUCUCAUUACUGCUGAGACCAUUGGCUAUCAACUAUGCAGCAAUACUUUACGAUGCAAUGAAGGGUUUUGGCACAAGAGAAGAGUUGUUGAUAACCGUUUUGUGUCGGCGUUCACCAGAGGAAAUCCAAGAAAUCAAAGCACAAUACCAGAAGAGUUACAGCAAAGAUCUUGGUGGUGAGGUUGACGAUGAGACAAGUGGCGAUUUAAACAAGCUGCUGGUGGAAUUGAUUAAGUGUGACAGAGAACCUGAAUCAGCCGCAUUUAACGCUCAAAAAGCUGUGGCCGAUGCUGAGAAUCUGUACAAGGCUGGAGAAAAGAGUUGGGGAACUGAUGAAUCUCAGUUCAUCGAAAUAUUCACGAAGAGAAGCUUCACUCAUUUGAGAGCUGUGUUUGAACAUUACAAAAAGAUAUCUGGAAACGAUAUUGUUAACGCGCUAAACAGCGAAAUGGAUGGUCAUCUAUUGGCUGCAUUCCUUGCACUAGUAUCUUCAGCACGAAAUCCUCCGACGUAUUACGCAGGGUUGGCGAAGAAGAUCGUCACAGAAUCCCCGAAAGAUUUUGUUCAACUGGUCGUUGAACGAUGUGAGAUCGAUACGGUGGAGAUUAAGGAUAUUUACUUAAGUGUGUAUAAAAAGAAGUUGGCCGAGGAUAUUCUGGCGAAUUUCACCGGAAUUCUUCAAAGGAUGCUGCUUGGGCUUUUAGACGAACCUUGGGAAAAACUUGCUGAAGAAGCACCAAAGAUGGAAAGCGAGCCUGUACAAGAACAACAGCAACCCAAGGAGCCAAAGAUGAAAACCAUUGAGAAGCCUCUCUAUCACGGCACGAUAAAACCAGCCCCACCGUUCAACCCCAAGGAAUAUGCGGAGAAAUUGAAGAAAGCAAUGAAAGGCUUUGGAACUGACGAGAAGACCAUCGUCCAAGUUUUAUCAUCAAGAUCAAAUGAACAACGACGAACAAUUUACAACACUUAUCAACAAGAGUUUAAAAAGGACUUGAUUGAAGAGUUGAAAUCAGAGUUAGGUGGCGACAUGGAAAAUCUCGUGGUAGCCAUGAUGUUACCAAGUGACGUGUUCCACGCCCGGGAACUGGACAAGGCGAUGAAGGGUUUUGGUACAGACGAAGAAGCUCUGUGUGAGAUAAUCUGCGGUCAAACAAGCGAGGGCUUGGAAGCGGUGGUGAAUUGCUACAAAAGAGAGAAAGGCAAGGACUUGAAUGCGGCUAUUGAUGGUGAGACAAAGGACGACGUGCAACGCUUGCUUCUGGGAUUGUUGCUGAGUGGACAUUUGAAUGCAACUGAAGUUGACAUGAACGAAGUGGAAGAGGCUGCCUUAGAUAUUCAAAAGGCCCAAGGCAACAGAUGGCAAGGUGAAAAUGCAGUCAUACAGAACCUCCUCAGAACAAAAAGCCGAGUCUUCAUGUCGGAAGUCAUCACAGAAUUUCAAAAAAUUACCAAAUGUGACAUUGUUAACGAGAUUAAUAAAAAAAAGUCUGGGACAUACAAAGACUGUCUUCUCGCUGCAGUUGAGUGUAUUCGUGAGCCUCCCGUUUAUUUUGCCAAACGACUGUAUAACGCUUUGAAUAAGAUGAACGUCGACGACGACACUCUAAUCCGAUGCGUUGUCGGACGAUCUGAGGUCGACCUCCUGGAAAUAAAGCAAGCGUUUCAAGCGCUCUUCUCUGUGUCACUACAGGAAAUAGUGAAGAAAAAAUGUCGUGGCGAUUAUGAAACAUUACUGAUUGCCUUAAUCGAUGGGAACUGAACCUUCUAGCUUUGUGUGUUGAAAUAUGUUUUACUAAACGAGUUUAUUUUUAUUAUAGUGAUUUAAAGCAUUCAGAUAUCAACUCCCACGCGUACAUCUUGGUGCGAGGCUGCAAGCGCUUUAGGACUUCUAGGUUUUUGAGUUUUGGUUGCAGCUCGCUUCUCUGCAUUAAGAAAUGCUACUUCGAAAGUUCUUCCAAUCAGUGGCACUACAUUCUACAUGAUUUAGUAUCGUCAUUACGAAUAGAAAUAUUUAAAUGUGAAUAUUUUCGAAUCACGUUCAAAUAUGCUCAGUUUCGCGUUAUGCCAAACAUAUAUA